AGCACCUCUCGUGUCGCCAUGGCUCAGUACGCCCGGCUUCUCACGCGCGUAGCACUCGCAUCCCUUGGUGUUGGAGGUGCAUUCGCCGGCGUUGAACAGUGCCUGUACACUGUCGAUGCUGGUCACCGUGCGGUGCUGUUCAACCGGUGGUCUGGUAUUCAGAAGGAUGUUGUGGGCGAGGGAACGCAUUUGCUGAUUCCGUUUGUGCAGACACCGAUCAUCUUCUCGGUCCGGACCGAGCCCUUUGUGGUGGCCUCGCAGACUGGGUCGGCCGAUCUCCAGCAGGUCACCGUCGCGCUGCGUAUCCUCCAGCGGCCGCAGGUCGAGGCACUCCCGGUCAUCUACGGUACCUUUGGUGAGGACUUUAAGUCGCGCAUUCUGCCGUCGAUUGUGCCCGAGGUUCUCAAGGCCGUUGUCGCCCGGUUCAACGCCCAUGAGCUCAUCACCCAGCGUGAGGCCGUCUCGCGGCUCAUUCGCGAGCAGCUCACCCGCGACGCUGCCCGCUACCACAUUGUCCUCGACGACAUCGCCAUCACCGAGCUCCGCUUCGGCCGCGACUUUACGGUCGCCGUCGAGCGCAAGCAGGUCGCUCAGCAGGAGGCCGAGCGCCAGAAGUGGGUCGUUCAGCGUGACGAGUAUGAGCGCCAGGCUUCGGUCAUCCGCGCCCAGGGUGAGUCGGCCGCCGCCAAGCUCCUCUCGGAUGCUUACAAGCAGGCCGGUCUUGCCCAUCUCGAGCUCCGCCGCAUCGAGACCGCCCGCCACAUCGCAGAAACCCUCGCGCGCUCGCGCAACAUUGCGUACCUGCCGUCGUCCGGCAACAUCCUCCUCAACCUCGGCUCGUCGUAA